AUGGCGGAGACAAACCUCCUCUCCCGCAUAGCUUACACUUCUGUUUACUUCUUGUUAUGUUUUCUGCUUGCUGCCCUGCUCCUCGUCGUGCCCGGCGAUUUUAUCCGCCAGGUUCUGUUAUAUUCCAACCAGUACAUCAACCUAAUUGUCACCGCGAUUGUUUUCGUCAUUACUGUCAUUAUUGUCGGGUUUGUAUAUGCCCUGAGACUGUACAUCACCCGAACCGUCAUAGCCUCUAUUCCGCGGACGCGGAUACCCAUCGAGAAGGGAGACGUCACCAAAGAGGUCCGCAAGAUGAUCGCCAACGAUCUCAGUAGGACUGCUGCUAUCGCGUGGGAGGCCCACCCAAGGGUCAUCGCAUCGCCAUCUCGUGGGUCUUCUCUGGAAGACGUAGCCGAGGAGACGGUGGUGACGAACAGCGAUGCAAAAGAGCCGAGGAAAUCCUUGCAAUUGUUCCGGCCGAAACCUCGGGCAACAGCGGAGCAGGAAAUGGGCAUUUCGCUACCCCCCGUGCGCCCCGUCUGGGGAGAGGUCGAACAUGAUGGUUGGGGUUCGCCAAGCUCUCCCGACCUGCCGAAUCUUCAGUAUGCCACCGUCCUCUCCGAGUUGCCCAACCUCAUCGAAGCCAAGGCAGUCUCCCAAUCCCCGCCGGAUCCGGACUCCACCACGAAUCCGCCGGCGCUUGAUGCCGAGGCCGUUGCGCUCCUCCAACGCUCUCAUAAUAUGACAAUGCGUGACUAUGUUGUCCAUCUCAUGAGCGUCGGUGUCUUGCCCAGUUCCAAGCGUGCAUUCGAAUUCCUCGACAGCUACGAGCGCGCGCGUUUCUCUCCUCGUCCGCUAUCGGAUGCACAUUUCCGGCAGCUCAUGCGAUUGUUCGCCGAGCUGCUACGCGCGAUGCAGCCUUUGGAUUCUUCUCUUCUGUACGGACCUGAAUAUCCCGACGACGCUUACUUCGAAAGCGACGGGCAUGUCGACGACGACGGACCCCGGGACACCGCUCCGACCACACCAACGCGAAGCGAGUCUAGCUCGGUUAGCGUCAGGAGCAAAGGCAGCACGGGUUCCCGCAGGCGCAGGCAGGAUAUCCCUGCUCGCAAGUUGUCAACGAAGACGUGGCACCAGUAUCAAACUGCACCGACAACCCCGAGAAGCAAGUACGGCACGGGGGGGAUUUCGCGCUCGCUGAGCGCGAGGAGCUCAGGCAGUUUUACCCGGACAGGGCGGCUCUAUCCUACCAGCAAGGCGUCGAGCUCGAGCUUGCGGUCCAUUUCUCAAGCGUCGGUCAUCCGACUUGCUACGAGGGAGGAUCGCGGCGACUUGCCCUACGUACUGAGGAUCGGAGACAAUUUCUAG